GAGCGUUUCCAGAGUUCGACUUCUCCAACGCCACCUCCCGCCCUUUUUUGCCCUCCACUCUAGUCAAAGUUAUUUUUUAACUAUUUUCUUCCUGAAAGGAAAACGAAAAAAAAAAAAUGGGUGUUCGAGAAACUGACCCGCUUUCACAACUGAGCUUGCCACCUGGGUUUAGAUUCUAUCCUACAGACGAGGAGCUGUUGGUGCAGUACCUCUGCAGAAAAGUUGCAGGCCAUGAUUUUAAUCUUCAAAUUAUAGCAGAGAUUGAUCUUUACAAGUUUGACCCAUGGGAUCUUCCGAGUAAGGCAAUAUUUGGGGAGAAAGAAUGGUACUUUUUUAGCCCAAGGGACAGGAAGUACCCGAAUGGAUCGAGACCCAAUAGAGUUGCUGGCUCCGGCUACUGGAAAGCCACUGGAACCGACAAGGUCAUCACCACCGAAGGACGUAAAGUUGGGAUCAAGAAAGCCCUGGUUUUUUAUGUGGGCAAAGCACCUAAAGGCACCAAGACCAAUUGGAUCAUGCAUGAAUACAGACUCUCCGAGCCUUCAAGGAAAAAUGGUAGCGCCAGGUUGGAUGAUUGGGUGCUAUGUCGAAUUUACAAGAAAAAUUCGAGUGCAGGUGCAAAGCCGGUUUCUGGGCUUCAGAGCAGAGAGCACAGUCAUGGCUCAUCUACGUCAUCCUCAUCUCAGUUCGACGAUGUUCUCGAGUCGUUGCCGGAGAUUAGUGACCGGUUUUUCGCCUUACCAAGAAUGAACUCUCUCAAGAAUCUCCACCAAGAUGAUCAGAAAAUCAAUAUUCAAAACUUGGGUUCAGGGAGCUUUGAUUGGGCGACCCUCGCCGGACUGAACUCGUUGCCGGAACUCGGUCCCGGAAGCCAAGCUCAAGCUAUUCCGGCAGCAGCUGCACAUGGACAUGUGAACAACAACGUGGCCAGCUGCAAUAACAACGAUAGGAAUAAUGUGAAUGCCCAGAAUGACAUGUACGUCCCAUCGUUUCCGCAGGCCGGCCACGUGGAGGAGGAAGUACAGAGUGGGCUGAGGAGGCACCGGGUUGAGAAUUCGAGUUUCUUUCAGCAUAACGCCAACCCUCUUGUGCCUCACACACACAGCUUUCACAACUCGGUGGACCCAUUCGGGAUCCGGUACCCGCCGACCCAAACCGGGAUUAUGGGUUUUAGGCCAUGAAGAGUAAAUCUAGGAGAUAAAACUGUGAUGGGUGAAGAUUGUGCUUUGGGGUGAAUUUGUAAAUAUAUGGAUUCUUUGGGCCGACAAUUUGACUUUAAUUCCAAGAGAAGACAAAGAAGAGCACGGGGAGACUUUCAAGAAUUUUAUUAUGGGUGGGGUUGGGUGUCUUGAUACAUAUGCCUUAUGGUUACCCCAUUCGUUUUUUUGUAGUAGUAAUUUCUAGGAGAAUGCUAUUUACCUGAAAUGUCCAUGACCAUGAGAAUGUAUAUGUACUCUCUGCUCAAAAGCUGAGCGAGCUAUUAAUGUACAUCAAGAUCUUAAUAUAAUUGGGGAAUUCAAAGGUAAUUAUUGUAGUA